AUGGAUGUUUGUAACGAACAUCUUCAUUCAUGCCGAGGAUCUUGGUGGCAUAGAAAAAGCAAAGAGGAGGUCGCUGAACUUGUAGAAAGAGUCUGGUCAUUCGGCCCAGAUAGAGCCAGAGCCAACAUCCUGUUCAAUGGAAUCCCAAGCUAUCAGAGAAAGUCUAUUUGGGAGAGCCGAUCCGAUCUUGAUUGCCGCCCUUUCGACCAGGCCAUCAUAUCCGGUUUUGAACUUUUUGUGACGGCUGGCCCAUUAUGUCAUGAAAUAAUGAGAGGUGUCGCGGUGAUCGUUGAGGAAUGGACUGUCGAUGAAGAGGAUGCUGCUGUAGCUGGACAACUGAUGACAGCAAUGCGAGCAACAUGUAAAGCUGGUGCGGAGAAGCUGGCAUUGCGACUCGUUGCUGCGAUGUAUAGGUGCGUCGCUUUGAAAACCUUUGAAAAUAAACUCGAAAAAAUGGCGUCUCAGAAGUUUUGCACUAAUUUUGGCUCAUCUAGUCGCGCAGAGUUUAGGUGCACUGUGACGACUGCAAGCCAAGCGCUUGGAAAAGUGCAUGCUGUACUCGCUCAGAGAAAGGCUAAGGUCUUAAAUGAGGAUAUUAAUGAGGCCACUGGUUUGUUUGAAGUGACAGCCUUAAUGCCGGUUGUGGAGUCCUUCGCAUUCUGUGACCAUUUGCGAAAGAACACAUCAGGAAUGGCCAGUGCGCAACUAGAAUUCAGCCACUGGCAACUGAUUGAUGAGGACCCAUAUUGGCAACCAUCAACCCUAGAAGAAAUGGAAGAAUUUGGGGUGAAAGGCGAUUCACCAAAUCAUGCACGAGGCUAUAUGGAUGCUGUGAGACGUAGAAAAGGAUUACCAACGGAUGACGUUAUCGUGGUUUCAGCCGAAAAGCAGAGAAAUUUGAAGAAAAACAAGUGA